AUGCCUCCACCAAGCAGACGCAAACAACAAAGUCGUGAAGCUAACGAAAAAUCAAUUGAAGCAAGAAAAAACUCCCAAGAAAAGAAUGCGCCAAAGGAAGUCGAUCCAAAACACUGGACUGCUUCUGUAAUUGUUAAUGGUGACUCUUAUACUCGAGCAAGGAAUUUAUUUCAAGAUAACAAUAUUAAAGUGCCGAGUGAAAAAGAGUUUUACCGUCAUCAAAAAGAAAUAGGUAAGGUAAUACUAGAAUAUAAAGAGCAAUCUAUUAAAAAUGCUCAACAAACAAUGAAGAAAGAUACAUUUUUAAGCACUGAUUCGCAUUAUAAUGUUGGCAGAAAUGCUACAGCGUGCCAAAGUUUAAUGAUGGACAACCGUGGAAAAGUUGUUGGUGAAACAACUGUUAUAAAAAAGAGCUCUGGAGGAGACUUUGAAGGCCCAUCCAACAUGAUGGAAACAGAAUGUACAAAGAGGAUGAUGUCAAAUUUUGACUUUACAAAUGUUUCCACAGUGGUUCAUGACAAUGACAAUAAAACGAAAGCCAUCAUCCAGCAAUAUGCUCCGAAUGCUAAAAUUACACUUGAUCCUCGUCAUUGUGUACGUGCAGUUGGCAGAGCUUUCGAAAAGCUUGAAAAUGGUGGAUAUAAAGAAGCAGCAGGAAAAGAAACUGUUAAUCAACAGAAAGAAAGUGAAUCACAGCCAGCAUUCCCAAUCAAAUCUAAAGCAGAAGAGCCGAAGAAACGUGGAAGACCAUUAAAACACCAAGAAAAAGUAUUUCAUCAGAUAUAUUCGAAAGUUAUUAAGUGGUUCACUUUUAUUAUCAUGCUUCCAAUUGAAACAACGAAAAAAAUUUUCCUAUGGAAGAAUACAUUAAAUCAUUUUAUCGGAAGGCAUGAAAAUUGCCUUCACGAAAAAGACAAAGAAUAUCCUGUGUUUCAGCCACUUACAAAACCUGAUUUAGCGAAGCAAUUUCAACGUUUUACAGAUGAUGCCGCAAAGUUGAUUCCAGAAAUUGAUCCUAAUGCUCAAACACAACAAAAUGAAUCGAUACAUCACUCAAUGCUUACUCAGUGUCCCAAAGGAAACAACGCAAAAUCGUUUGAAAUGCGUACGGCUGUUACAAUUUUACAAAAAAACGAAGGAGAGAAAUGCAAACAAGAAAUAUACAAUCGUGUCAAUAAUUACCAAAUAUCUCCUUCAAUCCGCGAACUCCAAAAACUUGAAUAUGAGAAAAAUAAAUCCAGAAAUCAAAAGAAAGCUACACCAGAAACAAGAAAAGAGAUCAACAAGGCAAGAAAUGCAAAAAGAUUUCCUAAGGAUAACCCUACAGGUGAUUACAGAGGAGGAAAGUGGACCCCACAAGAUAUCUAA